CCCAACAACAUCAGAGUAGAAAUAAACACAAUCAUUGCAUUCUUGCUUCUUACAACUCCACAAUAUUUCUUCACUAAAAAAGACUGUCUCUGUUCUUAACAUUCUCAAUAAACGAUGAAUCCCUCCAAACCCAACAACACAAGCAUUGACAUUGAACCCUCAAACAGAAGAGUGUCUUUUGCUGAAAACAACCCAAAUGAAGAACAGCAACCCCACCAGCUCCAACCCAUAAACAGCAGUGUUCCCUUGCUCCUACAGCCAUCAUAUGCGAGAUCAAAGUCCAUGAUCUUCGAUGAACUGCGAAACUUUCGCAUCAGCCUCAAGUGGUGUGCCCUUGACCACUCUUCAUGCAUUGGAAAACUCAUAUCCUACGUGACUUUCAUCUUCUUCACCAUCCUUGUUCCUCUUCUCACGUCUAUCUUCGUUGAAAUCCCUACUUCCGCACCAGAAGAUGACCCCUUCUCUUUCAACAAGCUUGUUCAACUACCAGAAUCUGGCCUCGCCAUUAUUUCCUUCUUUACAAUCUCCAGUUUCUUCAGAAGGUAUGGGCUUAGACAGCUUCUGUUCCUAGACGCUUUGCAAGAAGACACAAACUAUGUUCGACGCGGGUACACACGAGAGCUUGAGAAGGCAUUCAGAUACUUGACAUACAUAAUCCUACCCUCGUUCUUGGUGGAGCUUGUCCACAAGAUUAUAUUCUUUUCAGCAGUGAAGAUCUCAGGAGCAGACUCAAGACCCGGGUUUCCUCUGAACUCAAUCGUGUUUGUGUUGGUGUUGGUGUGUUGGGUUUACAGAACAGGGGUGUUCCUGUUGGUGUGUGUGCUGUUCAGACUCACAUGUGAGCUUCAGAAGCUUAGGUUUGAAGGGGUACACAAACUGUUUGAAGGGUGUGGGUCAGAGGCAGGGGUGAUAUUCAAAGAGCAUGUGAGGAUCAGGAGACAGUUGUGGGUCACGAGUCAUAGGUAUAGAUUCUUCAUAAUUGGAUGUGUCGUUACCAUCACUGUUAGUCAGCUCGGUGCUCUGCUCCUCGUUUUGGCUUCCAACUCUGAUAAGACCUUCUUCAAUUCUGGUGACCUUCUGAUUUGUUCGGCAGUGCAACUGAGUGGCUUCUUCUUAUGCAUUUUGGGAGCAGCCAGAAUCACGCACAGAGCACAGGGAAUAGUCGCAAUUGCCACAAGAUGGCACAUGCUCGUCACCACUGCAUCUGCUGAAUCAGAGCAUUGCAAAUCUCAGGUGUCUGAGGGCCUCGCUAGUGACACUGAUUCUGAUGAUUCCUCCAACAUACACGUAUCAGUCAUCCCGCCACAACUUUCAUCUUUCCAAACCCGACAAACUUUAAUAACAUAUUUACAGCACAAUCACGGGGGAAUAACGGUGUAUGGGUAUUCACUUGAUCGAGGAUUGCUUCAUACUCUAUUUGCCUUCGAGUUUUCCCUAGUGCUAUGGAUUCUGAGUAAGGUGGUUGUGUUGGCCAAGUAACCAAGUAACCAAGUAUUCAAGUCUAAAAGAAGCCUUUGCAUGGACCAACGAACAUUAUAAGGAUAUCUCUUCUAGUUGGCUCCAUUUUUUUUGUAAUUAUUAAUUUUCAAAUUACUUCAAUUGCACUAUAGUAGCUGUUAUUACAAAUAUCGGGUGAACACAACAAUACUAUCUUAUCUCCAACGUCUCUCAUGUAGUCUAGUAGCAUCCUUAUUAGCUUUUGUUCGUCAAACAAUGGUCGUUUUUGUCUUUGAUGUUCGAGUAGUGGUUACCUUUUUGUGUACUCAAUCGAUGGGGAGAUAUAUGUAUGGCAAAUUAAAAUGGUCACAUUU